AUGUCUGAAACAGUCAAUCACAAUUCAAUCCAGACCCUUAUUGGCUCCAACUACAAGAAAUGGAGAGAAGAUCUUGAAAUAGCUCUUGGCUUAUUGCACUAUGAAAUGGUUCUAACUGAGGAAGCACCAGCCACACCAGCAGCUGAUGCAUCUGUCGAAACUAGGACCAAGUUUGCAAAAUGGACUAAGGCUAACAAAAUGGCAAUCUUAAUCAUGAGGAGAUCAAUUUCAGAGGAGGUAAAGGGCAGCAUCACAGAGUCUGAAAAUGCACAGGCAUUCAUUGAGGCAAUAGCAGAGAAUUUCCAAAGCUCCAAAAAGGCUUAG